AUCCUUAUUUCCUUUUGACGUAAAAGGUCGGAUGGAGCAACUUUUAACUUCCAACACCAUUUAACUUCAUCAGCCAUUUCAACCAAAUUUUACAGUUCUCACUCAUACUAGUAAAAUAAUAACGCUCUGAAUCAGACCUUCAAAUUAUUGUCCAUACAAUGUAACAGAGCAAAUGUAGAUAAACAAUUCUAUUUUUUUUAGAUAAGAAAUUCAAGAGGAAAAUUGAAGGUAUACUAGAUCUACUUGUCACCCGAGAAUUAGAGAGAAUCAGAGACAAAGAAACGAUACUACUUGUUUCCUGCGAGGAUGAGGAAUCCAAAUUUACACCAGAAUCUGGGGCGUGGCUUGAAUUUACUUUUCAUGUUUCUGAUUCUUAAUUUGUAUAUACGUUUCUCACAUCCACUAUCGGUGCAAGAAUCAGAAACUAUAAACUCCAUGCUAAGGCGUCUGGACAGGAAAAGACCAUCACUUUCAGUCCAAGAAUCUGCAGCCAAGGGUGUUCUUCAAAGGCUGCUUCCCACCCAUUUGACUAAUUUUGAGCUCAAAAUUAUGCCCAAGGAUGCUUGUGGAGGGAAAAGCUGUUUUAGGGUAACCAAUUACAAGAGCUCAAAUAGAGUUCUGCCUCAGAUAUUGAUACAAGGAACUACGGCAGUUGAAAUCACAUCAGGCCUCCAUUGGUACUUAAAGUAUUGGUGUGGCGCUCAUAUUUCAUGGGAAAAGACUGGUGGAGUACAGAUAGGUUCAGUACCCAAGCCAGGUCUACUACCUUCUGUAGGUACAGAGGGUGUGAUGAUUCAACGGCCAGUGCCAUGGAACUACUACCAAAAUGUUGUCACCUCAAGCUAUUCAUAUGUGUGGUGGGAUUGGCAGAGAUGGGAGAAAGAGAUAGAUUGGAUGGCACUCCAAGGAAUAAAUAUGCCCCUUGCAUUUACUGGACAAGAAGCUAUUUGGAGAAAGGUUUUUUUGCAGGAAUUUAAUAUGACGACUCAAGAUUUGAAUGAUUUCUUUGGCGGACCUGCCUUCCUAGCCUGGGUUCGUAUGGGAAAUCUACAUGGAUGGGGAGGACCUUUAUCUCAAAACUGGUUGGAUAAACAGCUGUCGUUGCAGAAGCAGAUCUUAAAGAGGAUGGCAGAGUUGGGCAUGACCCCAGUGCUGCCAUCAUUCUCUGGGAAUGUACCUGCUGCACUAAAAAAGAUGUUUCCAUCCGCAAAUAUAACUAGACUUGGGGACUGGAAUACAGUGGAUGGCGAUCCUCGAUGGUGUUGUACGUUUCUUCUAGAUCCUUCUGACCCAUUGUUUAUUGAUAUUGGUGAGGCCUUCAUUCAACAUCAGCUUAAAGAGUAUGGAGGCAUCACAAAUAUAUACAGCUGUGAUACCUUUAACGAGAACUCUCCACCUACAAGUGAUCCAAAUUAUAUUUCUUCGCUUGGAUCAGCGGUCUACAAAGCAAUGUCCAAAGCAGAUAAGGAUGCAGUGUGGCUAAUGCAAGGCUGGCUUUUUUAUUCAGACUCCUCAUAUUGGAAGCCACCACAGAUGGAGGCACUAUUACAUUCUGUUCCAUUUGGGAAGAUGAUAGUUCUUGAUUUAUUUGCUGACGUCCAUCCAAUAUGGAAAUAUUCCUCCCAAUUUUAUGGAACUCCUUACAUAUGGUGUAUGCUGCACAACUUUGGAGGCAAUAUUGAAAUGUAUGGAACAAUGGAUUCUAUUGCAGCAGGCCCAGUUGAUGCUCUUAUUAGUGAAAAUUCGACAAUGGUUGGGGUUGGCAUGUGCAUGGAAGGAAUAGAACAUAAUCCAGUUGUAUAUGAGCUGAUGCCUGAAAUGGCAUUCAGGAGCCACAGUUUUGAUAUGAAGACAUGGUUGAAAUCCUAUGCUACUAGAAGAUAUGGUAAAGGAGUUGGUCAAGUUGAAGCUGCUUGGGAGAUACUUUAUCACACAGUAUACAAUUGCACAGAUGGAAUUGCUGACCACAACAAAGAUUACAUAGUAGAAUUUCCUGAUUGGGAUCCAUCACUUGAUACCAGAUCUGAUAUGCCUGAACAUGACCAUAGAGACCCUUCUCUUGUGAAACAUCUGAAGAGAAGAUUCUUUCUCCUAGAAACCAGCUCUCCCUUGCCUCAACCCCAUUUAUGGUAUUCUACUAAGGAUGUCUUGAAGGCACUCAAAUUAUUCCUUGAUGCAGGAGUCGAGCUUGCCGGAAGCCUCACCUACAGAUAUGAUUUGGUAGACUUAACCAGACAGUCACUGUCCAAGCUUGCAAACCAGGUGUAUUUAGAUGCAAUAGCUGCUUUCAGAGAGAAGGAUGCCAAAUCUUUGAGUUUUCAUAGUCACAUGUUCCUGCAACUCAUCAAAGACAUUGACACACUUCUUGCUGCCGAUGAAGGUUUUCUACUUGGAACCUGGCUUGAAAGUGCAAAACGCCUAGCUGUAAAUCCCGACGAGAUGAAACAGUAUGAAUGGAAUGCUAGGACACAAGUGACGAUGUGGUUUGAUACUACAGAGUACAUUCAAAGCAAGCUUCAUGACUAUGCUAAUAAGUUCUGGAGUGGGCUAUUGGAGAGCUACUAUCUGCCACGAGCCGCAAUGUAUUUCGGUCAUCUUUCAAGGAGCUUGGAGGAAAAUGUGGAGUUCAAGGUGGAGGAAUGGAGAAAGGAGUGGAUUGCUUUUUCAAACCAAUGGCAGAGAGGUACAGAGCUUUACCCAGUGAAGGCGCAAGGCGAUGCUUUAGCCAUUGCUAAUUCACUGUACCAAAAGUACUUCAGCUGAGGGGGCAUGAUCUGAAUCUGAGUUGGAACAUCUCUGUGGAACUAUUUAACCAUGUUCAAAGAUGUUUUAUUUGUUUGCAAAAAAAAAAUUAAGCUUUGAGGUCAUACUUUCAUAUGUAUCAGCACAAUAUUGUAGUUAAAAUCCCUGCCUAAGCGUUGGGCCCUCCUUCAAACAGAAAUUGUUAGGAUCGGUGAUGGACUAAAACAAAAAUAACAUAAAUUACAAGGAUAAAAAACAAAAAUUGUAUGGGUGUAAAACAAAAC